GCGCCUCUCGUCCUACAUUCAUUGACUGCCGCCGUGAGCGAACCAAGCUAAUCCCGGACCCUCCGUAAAUCGCAACUCACCGGUUUCAGCCAUGUAUGCCUGCGCCAAGUUUAUCACUUCCCCUGCUGUGCUGCGUGGGGGGUCCAGAGUCCUCGCCCGGCCAGUCUCAGUCUCCCUGUUCAACAGACCUGAAGCCACAGUGGAGCAGCAGGCCUUGUUGCCACUCAGCCAGUCGGUACUCUCCACCCGGUCCUUCCAGACCAGCGCAGUCUCCCGAGACAUCGACACUGCCGCCAAGUUCAUUGGUGCCGGUGCUGCCACAGUGGGUGUGGCCGGCUCAGGCGCUGGAAUCGGAACAGUGUUCGGCAGCCUCAUCAUCGGCUAUGCAAGGAACCCCUCCCUGAAGCAGCAGCUCUUCUCCUACGCCAUCCUGGGCUUCGCUCUCUCUGAGGCUAUGGGUCUCUUCUGUCUGAUGGUGGCGUUCCUCAUCCUGUUCGCCAUGUAAACGUGGAAACAGCCACACCUAUCUCUCUCUCUCUCUCUCUCUCCACCCUCCACUUAAUACCUCCACUUCCCCUUCUUCCCGGUCUCCUUUCCCCUUGUAUCUCGCUCCCUUUCUCCCUAACUUACCUUCCUUUUUUGGAGGGUGGGUUUUUCAGAAGGGGAACUCUGAAAGAGCUGAUGGGCCAUUCCAAUCUACAGGGGAAGAAAUAUUAGAAACAUCUGAGGUUAACAAACCUUUAAAUACUACAUUUUUAUGUUUUUCUGAAGUUUUAUGUGAGACCUCACAUCAGUUGAGAAAAAAAUCUGUCCAGAAUAAAUGGUUGGAAUAACUAA